GAAAAUGGUGAAGUUUUAGUUCUUUUUUAGCUUUUAAUUACUUUUACAUACAUUUAAGAGAUACCUAGUUGUUUGUUUGGUUCUUGGAGUUGGAGCUUGAUUUGAAGCUAAAUAUUGUGCUUGAGUUGAUCAUAUUUUAGCUUCUCUUUUUGCUUUUAGUAACCUUUUAUACUCAUUUUAGUGAAGUUGUUUCUUCUUGGAGCUUGAAUUUGAAGCUAAAAACUGUGCUUGAGUUGAUCAAAGUUUAGUUUAGUUUUUUUUUUUUUUUUUUUAAUUAAUUUUAUGUUCAUUUGAGAGAUACCCAGUAGUUGUUUUGGUUCGUGGAGCUUAAAUUUGAAGCUAAAUGUUGUGCUUAAGUUGAUCAAAGUUCAGCUUUUUUCUUGCUUUUAGUAACUUUUAUGUUCAUUUAAGAGAUACCCAUUUGUUGGUUUGGCUUAUAGAGCUAGAAUUUGAUGCUCAACAUUGUAGCUUCUUUUUUGCUUUUAGUAACUUUUAUGCUCAUUUUAGAGAUACGCAGUUGUUGGUUUGGCUCAUAGAGCUUGAGUUUAGAGCUGAAGAUUGUGCUUGAGUUGAUCAAAAUAGCUUCUCUUUUGCUUUUAUUAAGUCCAAGAUUAGAGAUAACCAAGUCGUUGUUUUGGUUCUUCGAGCUUGAAUUUGAAGCUAAAUUUUGUGCUUGAGUUGACCAAAUUUCAGCUUCUUUCUUGCUUUUACUAACUUUUAUGUUUUGGUUCUUGGAGUUUGAAUUUGAAGUUAAAGAUAGUGCUUGACUUGAUCAAAAUUAGCUUCUUUCUUGCUUUUUUGAGCAACUUUUAUGCUCAUUUUAGAGAUACCCUCUUGCUGUUUUGGUUCUUAGAGCUUGAUUUGAAGCUAAAUAUUGUGCUUGAGUUGAUCAAAAUUAGCUUGUUUUUUGCAUUUAGUAACUCUUAAGUUCAAGAUUAGAGAUACCCAAGUUGUUGUUUUAGUUCUUGGAGCCUUUUUUUUUUUUUUUUUUUUUUUUUUUGUGGAGCUAGUAUUUGAAGCUAAAGAAUGUGCUUGAGUUGAUCAUAUUUAGUUUCUGUUUUGCUUUUAGCAACUUUUAUGUUCACAUAUAAGAGAUAACCAGCUGUUGUUUUGAUUCUUGGAGCUUGAAUUUGAAGCUAAAGAUUCUACGUUUGAAAGCUCAAUCAAGCUCCUUUGUAGUAGAUAGUUCAAUUUUAGUACCUCUUGAAUAUAAUGUAAAUGCAUAUUUUCCAAAAUCUAUCUUUAUGUAGAGAUAAAUGGGAUACUUGCCUCUAGUUUUUGUACCUUAAAUCUCUUUCAAGAAAAUGUGUAGUUUGAGUGGAAGGCAGUAGGCGCGGCCAAAGCAUUACUUGUGUUUAAGACUGAUGAUUACUUCGUCUCUAUGCAUCCAUGAAUAGUAUCAAGCAUAGGCGGAGGUAAAAUAUUACUUAUGGGUUCGGACCCUGUAUUGUAUUAGGAAAUUCAUUUAAAAUGUAUUAAUUGCGAACCCAGUAACUAAGACGAGCUAUGGGUUCAAUGGCAAGUUCUGAACCCAUAAACUUCGAAUACUGGCUCCACUUUUGGUAUCAAGUAAGAGACUUCAGGAAUUUUAGCUUUUUAUGCAGGAAAACAUGAAACAGAUAUUUGAAAUGCCUUGACGAGCUAUUGAUAUUGAGGUGAACUUUAAGAAUGAAGUACCGCGAGGAGCUUCAAUACUUGCGUCAAAUUGAUAAAAGGAAAUUGAUUUUGAUAGUGGUAUUGGUGGCUGUGACUCAUUUAUUUUGUCAGACGUUGAUGCUUCCUUAUGGAAAUGCUCUCCGUUCUCUGUUAUCGGAGAGCAAGAUUCUUCUACCUGAGAAGAUAAGUUUGUCGGUUACAGAAUCUCCUGUCGUCAAAAAAUCUGCAAAUGUUGGUGACAGCCUUUCAAAUUUUGAUAAUGCACAUGUGUUGAUUGAUCGUGUGAAAAGUACAGAUAAGGUUGAUGCAGGUGAAGAUGGCGAAAUCGAUGAGGUAAAACUGCGUAGCAUUCAUUCAGUUGGUAAAGCCCUGGAUAAUGACUCUGAUUUUGUUGAAGAUGCAACUAUUGAGAACGAUAAUCUAUUUGAUGAAGUCGUGGACAUGGAUGAGGAAACUGCAAUGCUAAAGAACGACGAAUCUAAACAGGACCUUUCUUUAGAGCAAGUUGUAAAACCAAAUGGUGAACUUUCAGCAGACUCGGAGUUAGAUGCAAAUAGAAAUAGCGUGCUUAAUGAUACUAAAGCUGCCAGUCUAACUAACUUAUCGUCUGUGGUUGCUUCAAACCAUCUAGAUCACUUGCCAGUGGUUACCAUAAAUGAAAGAAACUUCAUUUAUACUGAUAAUAACAAGUCUUCAACUGGAGAUUCGACUCAACUUCUCCAAAGAAGUCCAGUGAAAAAGAAGAUGAGAUGCAUGUUGCCACCGAAAACAAUAACUUCUAUUUCUCAGAUGGAAAGGUUACUAGUUAGGCAUCGUGCUCGUUCACGUGCUAUGAGACCUAGAUGGUCCUCAGAACGUGACCGUGAAAUUCUGGCUGCUAGAUUGCAGAUUGAAAAUGCUCCACUUCUGAGGAAUGAUCGAGAACUUUAUGUUCCCGCCUUUCGAAAUGCGUCCAUGUUCAAAAGGAGCUAUGAACUCAUGGAGCGGAUUCUCAAAGUUUAUGUCUACAAGGAAGGGGAGAAGCCCAUUUUUCAUCAACCAAUAAUGAAGGGAUUGUAUGCAUCCGAAGGAUGGUUCAUGAAACUAAUGGAGGGAAACAAUAAGUUUGUUGUGAAGGAUCCCCGAAAAGCUCACUUGUUCUACAUGCCCUUUAGUUCAAGAAUGCUGGAGCAUUCUCUUUAUGUGCGCAAUUCUCAUGAUCGAACCAACCUACGCCAGUAUUUGAAAGAAUACUCAGAGAAGAUUGCAACAAAAUAUCGAUUCUGGAACAGAACUGGUGGGGCUGAUCAUUUUCUCGUUGCCUGCCAUGACUGGGCUCCUUAUGAAACGAGGCACCACAUGGAGCACUGUAUCAAGGCCCUCUGCAACGCGGACGUAACAUUAGGCUUCAAAAUAGGAAGGGAUGUGUCCCUUCCGGAAACAUAUGUUCGCUCUGCCAGAAAUCCUCUUAGAGAUCUUGGAGGAAAGCCACCAUCUCAAAGAAAAGUUCUCGCAUUCUAUGCCGGGAAUAUGCACGGAUACUUGCGUCCAAUCUUGCUCGAGCAUUGGAAGGACAAAGAUCCUAGUAUGGAAAUCUUUGGUCCAAUGCCAAGUGGUGUUGCUAGCAAAAUGAAUUAUAUCCAGCAUAUGAAGAGCAGCAAGUUCUGCAUCUGCCCGAAGGGCUACGAAGUCAACAGCCCGAGAGUCGUAGAAGCCAUAUUUUACGAAUGUGUGCCGGUCAUUAUAUCGGAUAAUUUUGUGCCUCCCUUUUUCGAAGUCCUGAAUUGGGAUGCGUUCUCGUUAAUCCUAGCUGAGAAGGAUAUUCCGAACUUGAGAAGCAUACUUCUUUCCAUACCGGAAAAGAAGUAUCUGGAUAUGCAACUAGCUGUCAGGAAGGUUCAGCGCCAUUUCCUUUGGCAUGCAAAGCCGCUAAAAUACGACUUGUUUCACAUGACGCUUCAUUCGAUUUGGUAUAAUAGAGUUUUUCAAACGAAAGCGAGAUGACCACAGCAAAGGAUUGGUAGAUUAUGGUUACAUUUGUUUCCUACUAUGAUGCUUGAACUCUUCAAAAAUGCCACCAGGUGUGUGUGGGAUCCUUCAAAAGUAAGUGCAUUAUUAGGAGGAUCCGAUACAGGUGCAAAAGUACUUUUGGAGAGUUCGAACAACAUAGGUUUCUAGCCUCCAAAAAGGUUUGUGAUAAUUCUGAGAUGAGCUUUUUGGAGGAACUGUUGCCUUGUAUAUUGUAGGUUGUAUUUAUUUUGGUACCACAAUGUGCUUGUUUAAGAAAAAUAUGAACUUGAGACUUUUGGUCUAUUA